AUUUUUAUACGGGAAUGUCAACAAUGCGAUCGCGAUCCUGCAAUAUUUUACAUAGUUGUCGUGUUUGCUUCGCUGCGACUUCCGGUCGUUCGGUUGUCGGUAUUUUGCGAUGUAAACAUUAUCUAGUUUUUGAAUUCGGUUGUGUUUAGCCUAGUUAUAGGGAAUGAAGUGUGUUCGAGGCGCUUUCGUGCUGUUAAUUUCGCCUGAGUGUGCAGUGCUUACUGGGAUGGCGCAAUUUUCGAAAGACGCGGUAUAGUAUCGUUCGCCCGCGAUACGCUUCAGUCGCGUUUGUGGCUGCAUGCGAUUUGACGUAUUCUGCGCGUUGUGAUGUCACUUGACAGCUUGUUUUAUGAAAUGUCAAACGUUUUACAUGUUAGGCGCGAGUGAAUAAUAAACAAAUUGACUGUGUUACUAAUUGAUAUUUACACGGUGUGAUAGUUUUCUGUGUGCUAUGGACUGUUAUUAUUCAAAAUUUUAUCCAAGACCGAGCGGCGCGCUCGCAGCCGGCACCAUUGCGUCUCCGUGGAGCACGCCGGCCGGCGCGCCCGACACCAAUGGAUCGGGCGGCGCUGACGCCAAGCAUCUCGAUGUCGGAGACGCUAGUGACGAUGAGAAGGACAUGUCGGCGGCGGACGCGGAGGGCGUCUGGAGUCCCGACAUCGAACAGAGCUUCCAAGAGGCGCUGGCGAUAUACCCGCCCUGUGGACGACGCAAAAUUAUUCUCUCCGACGAGGGCAAGAUGUACGGAAGGAACGAGUUAAUAGCGAGGUAUAUUAAACUAAGGACAGGCAAAACGCGUACGAGAAAACAAGUCUCGUCACACAUACAGGUGCUAGCUAGGCGAAAACUACGAGAAAUUCAAGCCAAACUUAAAGUGCAAUUUUGGCAGCCAGGCCUACAAGCCGGCACAUCACAGGAUGUGAAGCCUUUCCCCGGUGCGGGCUACAAAGGCGUCCCCGGUGUCGGAGGCGUCGGAGUGCCGAGCGGCACCGACGUGGCGCCGCCGCCGCCCUGGGAGGGACGCGCCAUCGCCACACACAAACUGAGACUCGUAGAGUUCUCCGCCUUCGUCGAGCAUCCCCGGGAUCCUGAUACGUACCCACCGAGCACGGCGCCGGCGCAACAUCUCUUCGUUCACAUAGGCGGUACGGUCACAUACGCGGAUCCUUUAUUAGAGUCAGUAGACGUUCAGCAGAUAAACGACAAAUUCCCUGAGAAGAAGGGCGGUCUGAAGGAACUGUACGAGAAAGGUCCGAGGAACGCCUUCUUCCUGGUCAAGUUCUGGGCGGAUCUCAACACGAACAACCUCGACGACCCCGGCGCCUUCUACGGCGUCACUAGUGUAUACGAAAGUAAUGAGAACAUGACGAUAACGUGUAGCACGAAAGUGUGUUCGUUCGGGAAGCAGGUGGUCGAAAAGGUGGAAACUGAAUACGCCCGGUUCGAGGGCGGUCGCUUCGUGUACCGCAUCCACAGGUCGCCGAUGUGCGAGUACAUGGUCAACUUCAUACACAAACUGAAACAUCUGCCCGAGAAGUACAUGAUGAACAGCGUACUAGAAAACUUCACUAUACUACAGGUAGUUUCAAACCGAGACACGCAAGAGACAUUACUGUGCGCCGCGUUCGUAUUUGAAGUGUCGAACAGUGAGCACGGGGCGCAGCAUCACAUCUACAGGCUCGUCAAAGAUUGAACCGCCCAGGGGCCCGACGCUCCGCCUUGAGAUUCCAUUCCCGACAGUGCCGGAUCGAACACGAGUGUCAAACGUAAACGAAAUCGACUAAAACUUGGUAGUCGAUUCGAUGUCGUAACUCGUUAACAGCACAUUAUCAACUAAAUCAUCGACUAAACAGAUCUCGGUGCCAAAACAUAUGAAAUAUCGAUUUCACAUGCGGUAGUCGAUUUUAAAUAUCGAUAUCUUAGUAUUCCGUGUGCUACAAUUCGUUCGUUUUAUACAUCCCUAACUUUCAGUUUACAGUUUUUUUUUUAUUUAUUUAUCGAUUCGGAUAAAGUGUUAUUAUUGUACGGUGCCUAUUAUUUUUAUUUGAAUCACAUCGAAAUACAAAUACGUUAGAGACAUUUGUGUUCGUGAUUUAAAAAAAAAAAGAAAGAAAUGACGUGGAAAUAACAUAGAACAAUAAGAUAUAAUUACGAAAAUUAUACGAAUUUGGACAAUCUAAUUGGAAACUAGAGAGACAUUAACAAUAAUUUUUAUUAAUUAAACGUAAGACUGAUCGGACGUAGUAAAACGAAUUGUUCAAAUGGAAGUUUAUUUUUAAAGAUAUUAAAAGACGUUUUAUCGUGUUACAGACUUAACAAAAACGUUCGGUCAGUGAGUGAAUGAUAUUGAAUGUUACCAACCACGUCUAAAUGUAAGUGAGCACAAAAAUCAAAAAGUUAGCGAUUAAUUGAAAACACAAAAACGUUUGGUUCGUAUUUUCAUGGUCGUAAAGUUUAUAAUUGCCAAUUUUAAUUAAUAACGCUAAUUAAGUGCUCGCUCUACGAUCAACGGCAUUACAAAAUAUGAACAGGAAACGAAAACAUAUUAUAGAUUUGAGCCUAAAAUAGCAAAAUGUGAUCUGAGAAUAACGCUACAAGUAUUUUUGUAAUUAAAUGUUUAUUGUAUAGCUCAAUUUUUUAAUACUGUCUUUAGUCAUAGUUCACUGAACUGUUUCAUAAAGCCUCAAUUAUUAUAUUCUAAAUCAAUUUAUGGUUGAAAACUGUUUUACUUUCGUAUACUGGCCACUAGAAGAAAUUAAAAAAAAUAAUAAAAAAAACAUUCAGAAUAAAACGUCGGCACAGAUAAAGCAAACUAUCCGAAAAUAAUAUUACAUAAUCUGAACUUGAACUUAUAAUUUAAUUCAGGCCGUCAAUAAAAUUUACUAAGUUAUUGGGCAAUAUAUACUAAAAUAUAUAUGUCACUGGUAUUCUAUGAAACAGAAUCGUGAACUAUACGUUGUUUUAAUACAUUUCUUAGUCUUUCUAAAUCAUGUUUUUAAUUGAUUUCGAGUACUUUUAUUUUGAAAAAAAAAAUCACGAGAGUAACAAUAAUUAAUAUACAAUUAGGUACAUUAAAGAUAUGAGAUGUUCAAUAUACAUAUUGUAAAAUAAAGUAUCUCUUAUAAGGAAUUAAAAAAAAAGUUAUUGAAUUGAAUACACACAGUGCCUCUAUAAUUAUGUUACAUUAACAUAAAUUACUUGAGCGUGUUUAGUCUUUUCACUGUAUUUGUUUAAAGAAUUUAAUAGAGUAUUGCUGCAGUGAAAAGAUUAAAUUUAGACAUUUUUAGUGUAGUCUUUACCCUGAAUAAAUAGUUGUAUUAAUGAUUAUAUGACUGUUGAGGAUGUGUCUAAAAUUUUUUUAUUUGUUGUGCCUGUGGCACGUUUUUGUCGCUUCGUUUUUAUUCGAAAUUUAAAUGCACCAAUGAGGUUUUGUCACUCGGUCUAGUGCUGUCUUCGUCUGAUUCGUUUGAUUAAGAGGCGAUACGAAUAGAAAAAAAAAAUCAUCUAUUUUUGAUAAGAUGUAACAACUGUCACUGUCAUUUGAUUGUCAAAAUAAGCGACUUAAAGAAAAUACAUAUUGUCGUACUGAGUUAUUAAAAACAAUAACAAUACGCCUCUUACGUUCUUUUAUAAGUUUUUUCUCUUCAUUUAGUACUUUUGAUAUUGCCUUUAAUUAUAGUUAUUUUUUUUUAUAAUUUGCAAUUUCGAAAUGUAAGUAAGAUAGACCUAUAGAUGUAAUUUGCCGAUAAAUUUAUUGAAGUCUUUGCCACACUGAAGCGAUUCGAUGUUUGUUGUUUUAUGUGAAUAAUCUCAAAAUUAUAUUCUAGCACGUUUUCAGAAUCUGCCGAGAAAUUGAAGAUGUUUAUCAUAUUAAUUAAUAAAUAUUAAUAAUAUAUUUAUUUUUGAAUAAUAACCUCCUGAAUAUGUAUAUAUUUAUUGACUAUUGCGCCUUGAUUGAUCGUCUCGUUGCUCUUAUAGAUAACGCGAUUGUAACUCUUCAUGCCAAAAGACCGUUUGUCUUCGUUGGUGCUUAAAUAACCCAGUGAAUUGGAUAUCGCACCAGUCAGUUUCUUUGUUAAAGACACUUUGUGUUCACUGUGCUUAGUGCGAGUUUUUUAACGUUCUCGAUAGCGUAAAAGUAACUCAAAUUUGUAUGGAGUUGGAACAGCGCCCCUAGCGGCAAUCGUAGGCAAACGUCCCAACUUCAUACAAAUUUGAUUUAACUUUUACGCUAUCGCGAACGUUAAAAAACUAAGCACAGAGAUUCGCUUAAUCAUGUUACUUCUAUGUUUCCGGUAGCCUUUUCCUAAGUUCUGGAUUGGGUAUAUCGAAUGUAGAACCAUAGCUCAUAUUUAAAAUGAUAAGAAAUAAAAAUUAUUUCACUUCAGAACGUCACCUAUUUCUUUAACUGUUGCUCACUUUAUUUGCUUCUAACGCACUCUCCUGUUUUUAACUUUAUAUAUUAAUACACGAAAAUAAGUAUAUAUUUGAGAUAUGAGUAGAAUCAAAAUGAAAAUUGGCAGCUAACAACAGACUUUUCAAAAACAAAGGCGGAUUCAGAAUUCUGUUUUCAAAGUACAAAGUGCACAUUUAAACUAAACUUAAUGUAUUUUUUUUUUUUGAAACGAUUUAUUUAAAUGCGGCAAUUUUUAAGUGGCAAUUGAUUUGAUCUCUCUUUUAGUCAAAUAUUUUUUAGGGUACUCCCGUUAUCGCGUGCGCGUUCGCUCAUUUUAAUUUUAAACCGAUGUUUUUAAUUAAUUCGUGCAUUAUUAAAAUGAAUAGGCCUUUAGUUAUAACAAGACAUGCGGUAAGAAAAUAUCUUUAGAUAAUUAAAUGAUAAGAGAUUUUUUUGUAUUUAUUUAAUAGAUUUAUAUUAGAUAAAUUGUAAAGUAAACGUAGCCUUAAGGAUAUUUUUUUUUUAAAUAUGGCGAUGGUCGUUCAACAUUUUCAGUGACGUUUUCACUGUAGUACUUAAGAGGAACUUAAUUUUUCUUUUCGUUGCGGUAAAUAUAUCUUUGUGUAAAUGUUUUUACAGUUUCUUUUUUGACAGCAAAUUUUAGCUGGAAUUUUGUAUAACGUUGUUCAGACGCAAGCGUGAAAGAUCUGCACCGUUGUGAUUAUGAAUGUUAUAAUGAUGUACUCAAACGAGAUUAAAACAAUGAGUUUAAGUUGGAUUUAUGCGGUUCAUAUUGUUUUGAAGAUAAUUGCAAUAUUUAGUUUUGGCAACUCUACGGUUUUUUUUAAAUAGCAACACUAGACGUCAAAGCUAUUAGUUUAACAGGUUGUUGACCCGAGGCAUAACAGCUACAAGCGAGUUCAAUACUAGAGAUAGAUCACUGAAUUAUUGAUAUUUUUGAAAGUAGCAAGCUUUGGAAGCUUUUAAACAAUUUGUUCAAUGAGAGUAGUGCAGAUUUGAAUCUGUUAUACCAGCCGUAGAGUUGUCCGUAAAUAAUUUAGGUGUUAUGUAUUUGUAAAUAUAUGAAUAUGUGUUAGUGCAUUUCUCUGAGUUGAUUGUUUGUACAAGACUUUCAUAUCGACAAUCUGCCAUAUCAACACGAGAAAUAAAUAGUCGUUCGUUUUGAAGGAAUCAUUUAAAUCGAAUACACCUUAUUGUGUACGAAGUUUUAUUGUAAAAUAAAUUUAAUAUUGUUUUUAUUUUUUCUGUUGAAUUUUAAGUGAUUUCUAUCAACUUCGGACGACCGUGUACAGUAUUUUAAAUUUAAAACAAUACGUUAAAGAUUUGUAUGAAAAAAUUUAAUUAUAUUGUCUUCAUAAAA